GUGCCAUUAUUAAGCGCUAUCUAGCGCAUAUGAAUAAUUAGGCUAAAUUAGAUAACACGACAAAAUAAGAAAACUGCGAAAAUAAGGAUAUAGGGGGGAAAAACGUUUUGCAUUACUUUGAAUAGUCAUAAUGUGAGAAGACACCUCGCUUGGAAUUAUUUCAUCCGCAUUUCUGUGCUGCAUUUGAGGUGUCUUUCAUUGGCGAUGCUGCGUCUGCGGACGGUUACAUUUUUGGCUGGCUGGCCGGCUGUGUAGCAGUCUAUUCAUGCAAUGCACCGCUCAAAACAUCUCACAAUAAUUUUUCCUACACGUGGAGGAUCAAAGCUGCACAGAGAAUGCUUAAACAUGGGAUAGGCCUAUGCGUUUUAUGUGGUCAGUAUUUAUCUGCUAUGAUUUUGAAGAUCCGCGGUCAGAGACAGCGGCUCAGUAGGCUGUCCUCCUCAAUCGCAUCAUAGAUCACUACUGCUGGAUGCAAAAAAAGACAGACUUGAGAUAGCCUUCUGACUCUUUAAAUAUUUAAGAAUACGGACUCUUCAAAACUGAAGACAUGCUAGUCUCUUUGUCUAACAUCUUCUACGCGUGAUCUUCUAACGACAUUUUAAACAAAGAAGUCACGGAUGAGAGCCCAUGACCAGGCUCCAAAAUUACACCGAACGGGGACGCACCUAAAAAAAAGCUCCAAUGCGAAAUGGUGUAAAAAGGCCAGCUUCCCCAGGGAUCUUCCAAACAUCUCCCUUAUCUUCAUCUUUGUCAAUGAGGCGUUGUCAGUAAUCCUCCGCUCGGUCCACUCAGCUGUCAAUCACACACCGGCUCACCUUCUCAAAGAGAUCAUCUUGGUGGACGACUACAGCGAUGACGAGCAACUGAAAGGGCCGUUGGAGGAUUAUGUAAACAAGCGUUACCCAGGCAUGGUGAAAAUCGUAAGGAACCAGAAGCGAGAGGGACUGAUCCGUGCCCGCAUCGAGGGCUGGAAGGCAGCCAGUGGCGAGGUGACAGGCUUCUUCGAUGCCCACGUGGAGUUCACACCCUCCUGGGCUGAGCCGGUUCUGACCAGAAUCAAAGAGGACCACAAGAGGAUCAUCUUGCCCUCCAUCGAUAACAUCAAGCACGAGUCGUUUGAGCUGGAGCGCUAUGAGAACUCUGGCCAUGGCUACAACUGGGAGCUGUGGUGCAUGUACAUCAACCCCCCCAAACAGUGGUGGGACGACGGGGACACCUCCGCACCCAUUAGAACUCCUGCAAUGAUUGGUUGCUCCUUUGUGGUGAACCGGGACUACUUUGGGCACCUGGGGCUGCUGGACUCUGGCAUGGACGUCUACGGAGGAGAGAAUAUCGAACUGGGGAUCAAGGUGUGGCUGUGUGGGGGCAGUAUGGAGGUGCUGCCCUGCUCCAGAGUGGCUCACAUCGCCAGGAUGAAGAAGCCCUACCACAGCAACAUAGCCUCCAGCACGCGGCGUAAUGCCCUGCGCGUGGCCGAGGUCUGGAUGGACCACUUUAAGUCCCAUGUCUACCUGGCCUGGAACAUCCCAAUGGAGAACCAUGGGAUAGACUAUGGGGACAUCUCUCAGAGGGUAGCAUUGAGGAAGUCUCUGCAUUGUAAGAACUUUGAGUGGUACCUGGACAACGUCUAUCCAGAGAUGAGGAGGUACAACAACACUCUCUUUUACGGGGAGAUUCGUAGUAGCAAAGCGACCCAUCUGUGUAUGGACCAGGGAGAGAAGGUGAACCACACGGCCACCCUGCACCCCUGUCACGGAAUGGGACCUCAGUUGGGUCGGUACACCAAGGAGGGACAGUUUUUCCUGGGUGCUCUGGGCAGUACAGGGGAGGAAACACGCUGUCUGAUGGAUGACCAGGUCUCCAAUUUCCCUCAGCUCCUCAACUGUGACAAAGUCUCCAACACCAGGCUGACCACAUGGCACUUCUCUCAGAACGAGUCGAUCGUCAACAGAGCCACGGGCCGCUGUUUGGAGGUGAUACAGGCUAACGUUUACUUCGGACACUCGCUGGUGCUUCAGACCUGCUCCGGACAGAGGUGGAGCAUCAAAAACACAAUGAAGCAGUAGCCACAGCAUGAUGCAGAAUUCUUCUUUGGCCAAGAUAGUGUUAGUGUACUGAAUUGUAUCAGAUGUCAUACUGUAUUAUUACAAUUAUUCAGUUGGUGUUAUCAGUUGGACUUUUCCAAGAUUGUCUUCCAAUAAACUGCUGGUCUGAUGGUUAAAAAAUAUUUCUGUAUGCAAAUAACUAUUACACCAUAUGGGGUGAUUAUGUUGACACAAUAUUAACCCAUCACAGCCUUUACUGCAACAGAUUUAUUCAACUUCAAUGUUAGGAUUUCAUGAAAUGGUUUUAGCACUUCCUUUUCAGCAACUCAUUAAGAUCACUCCAAAUUG